GGAGCGAGGAGAGGAGGAGACGGUUCGGUGCGGAGUCUGUCAGAGGAGCUCAGUCAGGACAAGUUCUGAACCAUCCGGACCGGAUGAGACUGCGGGGUCCAGCUGCAGGAGGACUUGGAGCUUUCAUCUGAUCUGGAUCUCCACCAACAUUUAAUGGAUUCUGGUUCAGUCUCUGCUCCAUCCCUAUCUUCAGUUUCAAUUUUGUAUGAAAAGACGGUGCUGGAAUAGCUUCAAAUGAGGAGCCAGCUGUGUCAGACACGUUUGGAAUCCUGCUGGGUCUCCUGCUCAGACCUGAGGAAGCCAUCAUGCUGGAGAGGCUGUUGUUCCCACAGGACUCUACCAACCUUAAAGGAAGACAACUGGCAGCUGACACACUGAAAAAUUAAAUCCAGGGGAGGUGUCUUCAGGAAUCUGCAGAUGCCAUCAAGGAAAACUGAAAGCCUCUCCACGAGCUGCAAUGAAACCUCGUAAGGCCGCAAACAUGAUAAGGGAUCUCCCCAGUGCUUCUUUUCAAUCAAAGCACCGACACUAGACGGUGGGGGAGUCUAUUAUCUGAAAUUAAUGUCAACAGCGUUGCGAAGGCGGCCUCAAGCUGCGCCUCCGGAUCCGACGCACCCCAUGGAGGAGGGGCCUGGAUGUUUCCGACGCUGGUAACGCCGGCCGAUUGAACAGCAAUGCCUUCGAAGGUCUCCUGCUUGUACCUGCUGACGGUGGUAUGCUGGGCCAGUGCUCUGUGGUACCUGAGUGUGUCCCGCCCCUCCUCGUCGUUCAUAGGCCAGAUGUCCAUCCCGAUACGCAAGGCGCCAAAAGCAGUGAAGAACUCCACGCUCAGCAACGUCCGCACGCGCUCCCUCAACCCUCAUGACUUCAGCUACCUCGUCAACGAAGCCAAGAAGUGCGAGGCUGAGCCCCCGUUCCUCGUCAUCUUGAUCAGCACCACCCACAAGGAGUUUGAUGCCCGUCAGGCCAUUAGGGAGACGUGGGGGGACGAGACCACGUUCCCGGAUGUCCGCGUGGUCACUCUGUUUCUGUUGGGCCGGAGCACAGACGCCGUCCUCAACCAGAUGGUUGAACAGGAGAGUCAGAUCUUCCACGACAUCGUGGUGGAGGAUUUUAUCGACUCGUACCACAACCUGACCCUUAAGACCAUGAUGGGCAUGCGCUGGGUGGCCACGUUCUGCUCAAAGUCUCAGUAUGUUCUCAAGACGGACAGUGACAUCUUUGUCAACAUGGAGAACCUAAUCUACAGCCUCCUGAAGCCCACCACCAAACCCAGGAGGAGAUAUUUCACAGGCUACGUCAUCAACGGCGGGCCGAUCAGAGACAUGCGGAGCAAGUGGUACAUGCCCCGGGAUCUCUACCCCGACAGCAAGUACCCACCCUUCUGCUCUGGUACCGGCUACGUCUUCUCAGCAGACGUGGCUGAGCUCAUAUACAAAACAUCCCUUCACACCAGGCUGCUGCACCUGGAGGACGUGUACGUGGGCGUGUGCCUCCGCAAGCUAGGCAUCCACCCCUUUCAGAACAGCGGUUUCAACCACUGGAAGAUGGCCUACAGCCUCUGCCGCUACCGCCGAGUGGUCACUGUCCACCAGAUCUCCCCAGAGGAGAUGCAUCGCAUCUGGAACGACAUGACCAGCAAAAAACACCUCAAAUGUUAGCAGGACUGGAAGCAGUUUUUGCCAGUUGGAGAAUUAAAAAGGAAUGAACUGACUUUGUAUUCUUCCUCUCCUUCACGGUUAGGAACAGUAAAGCAAGGACCAGUUCUGGACUCAGGGCUUUAUAGAGUCGGGAACAUCUCUUGUGAAAGACCAAAGCAAAUUCCUCAUUAUUAUCACGGUUGUUCCACCUUCAAGGUGGUUUAGUUCUAACACUGCUGACACACCGAGAAAGUAGACACAAAGUUUCAAACAUGUUUCCCACGAAUGUGCAGCUGCCUCAGGUGGCUGCCCGUCGUGUUUGGUACAUACAUUUACAAAAAGGAAAAGUUGACUCUUGUGUUGAACUCCUCAUUUAUAGACCAGACAUGACUUGUUAACACACUCAGAUUAUGAAUGUUGAUAUAAAUGUUGUAUUUUAUGAAGGAGGUGUUGAUGUUGACGAGAUGGCCCAGCAGCUGUCUUUGUGAGGAUCAUGGUGAGUUUAGAAAGUGAUGACUCGAUGUUGUUCUCACUGUGAAAAAGCAUCAUAAGUACCCAAGAGGGUUAUUUUCCAGUUAAAAAGGCAACCAGACUUUCAAUUUUUGAAGACAUUUGUCUGAGGAGCUUUCUCAUCUUAAUCUUUACCCUGUUUCACCUUUGUUUCUGUGAGCUGAACUCACAGAUCAACCCCAGCUGCACCUCCCUCAUGAAGGUCCUUAAAGGGAUCUCCAUCUAUUUCUARCAUUACACUUGAUAAACAUUUAUUUCAACCAUAUUAAGAAGACUGUAAAAAUACUGUGUUUAGUUUUUUAAAAUAAAAAAUACAUAUUGUCACACGGCCAUCGCCAUGUUAGUUACACUGCAAAGCUGUCUGGGUAAAUUAUGUAUAUUGACUGCUCUGUUGUUCGCUCUAUCCAGCUAGAACAUUAAUUUGGACAAUACCUGACAUUUUAAAUGAAACUGGUGUGCAAUGACCGAGACAAGAAUGUAAAAAUGACUCAACCUCAAAAUGAAAAUGAUGAUGGAGGACAAUAGAACUGCUUCAUUUGUCCCAUAUCUAAUAUAUAUUCAUAUAUGGUGUUAGCUCCAGAUMUAAUAAAUACAGCAUUAGCUCCUGAGAUAAUAGGCACAGUACACAACGUUAGAUCUGGAGCUAAUAGUAAAACUGAUAUUAAGGUGUAAGGAUGGAGAUGAAGAUGUGGCUGCUGUGUAGUAAGUAUUCACUCCGAACAAAUCGGAGGACAUUUUUCAGUCUUUGUUCUUUUCCAUUACCUGAGAUUAAAUUACAAAAAUAAAUAAAUAUAGCAUUAUCUCCAGUGCUAAUAAAUAUAGCGUUAGCUCAUGGGGUUAUUCCCUAACAUCGCGUAACAUUUCGUUUCAACACAUACGUAUUGUGCAAAACGCAACCACAUUUACAAAAUAUGACUUUGACAUUACAGCUUUUUAGYUGAUUCUUUGUGUAUUAGUGUCAAUUUCAACCAAUCCUCAUCAUCAUCCCCAGAAUGCAUUGCACCAGUAAAAGAAUGGAGACAUGCUCAGGUAAAGUAAUUAUGAGUUUUCAAAAACUUUUAGUGGAAUAGUGAAAAUGUUCAAGUAGUCGGAGAUCCCUUUAAGGAAGUGUCUCACUGGGUUACUUCUGUUGGAGWCAUGAGGGAAAAAAACAACUUUGUGACCAAAGUUAGUCAGGAGUUUAAAAAAUGCAUCACCAAAUAAACAAGUUUACAAUGUACAGUAUAAUUAUAGAUUGUGGCUUUGUGCAACAUUCCCACAAACGACUUUCAUCUAAAAACUGUAUUAUGACCCAAUCCACACAUAUCUUGUUUUAAACUAUAUAUAUAUAUAUAUAAAACUUUUUACUACCAUUGUUAACAUUACGUCAGAGCCUGGCACGAGGAAGCUCCUCAGAUAAAAAAAAAAAAACACAUCAUCUUCAACUGACAACUACAAAAGCCCUGUUUCUUUUGUAAACUUUUGAGUCUACACCAACAUAUCAGGAGUAACAAAGACAGGACAGCAUAUUUUCUUACAACAGAUCAAAACUCUUUGUACAGAAAAAAAUCUAAAUUGAUAUUAAAGGUUUAAGGAUGAAGAUGAAGACGUGGCUGCUGUGUAUUAAGUAUUCRCUCAGAACAAAUCUGACAUUUUUCGGUCUUUGUUCUUUUCCAUUACUUGAGAAGAAAUAAAAUACUUCUUUUAUAAGA